GUGUUGAUUUCACAACUCACAACGACAACACGGUGAACACAGACAACAUCUUGUUAUUUAAGCCACUUGAGGGCAUAAAAAAGAAAGAAAAACUGGACUUUUCAUAAAUAUGUUGUAGAUCAUUUGCGUGAUGGACACAGAAAAACAGGGUUACUUAGGGAAGCUUGAAGAUAAGUCGAUUUCAGAGCUUCAGGAAUUAUUGGCUAGACAAGAAAAUAUUCUCAAAAAAACAAAAUUUGUUUCCAAUCUUCCUGAUAAAGGAAAGAAAAUUAAUCAGUUUAGACAGAAAUUGAUAGAAUUGAUAAGUGAAAAAGAAAGGCUUGUAUCUGGUACAUCCCAACCAAGAGGUAACACACCAACAAAAAAACAACUGGACAAAAAUCCAAAUAUAAAGCCUACAUCAAAAUUUUCAGCAGUAUCAAAGGACAAAGUAUUUUCUGCUGUGAAAAAUGAAGACACCCCAGUCAGUGAAAAUGUACUUAGGGAUGUGGUUACCAUGGCAAAUAAAUCUGGUGGUUUGGAAGCAGAUAAGCAAGAUAAUGAGAAAUUUCCAUUAGUUGAAGCCCCUCAAACUGCAGCACAAACAUGUAUAACAAGUGACUUUUCAAAUUUAAGAGAUAAAAGUGUACAAGGUAGAAUUAAAAAUGACAGAGGUGCCAUCACAGAAACACGAGAACAUUGUAACAGAAACAACAACAUGCAGGAAACACUGAAUGUAAAUGUUGGAGAUGUGACAUUAUUGGAGAAAGCCAUGGAAAAUAUGGAUAUUGAUCCAUGUUCUUCAACCUUAGGAUCUGAAGAACUUAAAAACAAAAUAUUGGAGAAUUCCACAAAAUUUGCACCAUAUUUUAAAGCCAACAGUUUCCUAAAGAUACACAAUGUUCAGGAACUCCCAGACAAAUACAAAUGGAAGUCAAGACAGGGUCAUCCAAUCAAAGAAGAGAACACUUCAGUAUCAUGUCACAGUGAGGUGAAGGACGAAUCAGCUGCCACACCCCCCAUAUAUAAAUAUGAAGCGGCUCAGCUAAUCUCACUGAACGAGUCAAUGCAGCUUCAGCAAACACAACAGAGACAUCAGGAGGAAUUACAAGCGAGGACUGCAGCAGAAAGACUAGCCAAGUCACUCAAAAUAAAGAUGGAGCCAUACAACCCUGAGGGAAGAAAUAUGGCGAAUCCUUUAUCAUAUAUGAUUAUCUACAGACUCCAGGUUGACCAGAUGGACACAGACAGUGACGACGAACAGGAAGUGGAGUUUUAUCCUGAUGCUGUUGACUGACUAAUCCGUGGAAAUCAAAUAUUGACUGUAGAUACCCAAAUGUUUGACCGGUGUUUUAACAUUUUUGUAUGUAAAUGGUCUCAUUAACUGUACCUUUGAAUGAAGAUUAAACCAGCCUGGGGGAAAAUAAG